AUUAGCACUGAUCACUGUAUUGGUGUCACUAGGGAUCAGGGGCGGACUGACCAUUUGGAAACUUGGGCGCUGCCCGAGGGCCCGGGGUCAGUAGGGGGCCCCAUGAUAUGCCCCUGGUACCUUUUUCAUAGGCUUUUUUGAGUUUGGGCAAGGACACAGGGUCCACAUGAUCCCCUAAUGCCCGGGGGCCCCAUUAGUUGUCAGUCCGCCCCUGCUAGGGAUGUCAGUGACACCAAGUUAGUUCCCCCCAGUGACAGAAUGCCCACUGCAGUCCUGCUAUAAGCCACUGAUCGCUGCCAUUACUAGCGAAAAAAAACAAAUUCCACAUUUUUGACAAUGUUUCU